CUUACCCAAACACUGGGAGUGGGAGUGACGUGGGUGACGUGUGCUGCUCAGCUGGGGAAAGCUGUAACUCUUACCAGGCUUGAGUCACACUCCUAAGACGCAAUACACAUUUCGUUUCAGAGAGGAGGCCCUGCUACCACACUAACCAUGUCUUCAGAAAGUGAAGAUGAAUUUCAGUCUGCAGACGAGGGAUCAGACUUAGAGGAUUUGGAGUGUAAAUUAAAGAGUACUGUACUUGAACAACCUCCACCCGUGCAUGCUGCUCCUUGUAAGAGAGUGUAUGAAACAGAGGAAGAUGAAGCACAGAGUGAAGCAUCAAAGAAAGAACCCAACACCGAUACUUCAGAUGUAGAAGAUGAUGUGGACACUAAUAAGAAUAGGGAAGAUAAUAGUGAGAGGACUCAAAUAAAUAAAGAAUCUGAAAAGUCUCACCCUGUGGAUUUAUUAGGCAUAAGUGAAGAUGAAAAUAGUUCUAUGUUUGUGUCAUGCAUUAAGGAUGAUGAAAGCAUAAAAGAAAGACCUUUAAAGCAGCUGGAAGUUGGUAGAUGUAUUGAAGAUAAUAAUACUCAGGAAGUUUGUGAAAAGAGUUACUCAUGUGUAGAAGAACUCAGAAAAGAAAAAUCUACACCUGAAAGUAAAAAGGGAAAGGAUGAUGAGUUUCAUCCAGAGGAACAUAAACAAAAUUAUGAAGUGCAAUCAGAAGAGCUAAUUGAGGCCUCAGAAGAAAAGUCUGAAGAUGCAAAAUGCAAACAAAAUGUGUUAUCACAAACGGCUUCAUCAGAAAACUUAAAGACAGAAAGCGCAGCGGAUGAAGUUGAGUCCCUUACAUCAUACUCAAAGCCCAUACCAGAAAACAAAGCUGAUGAGGUUGAGCCCCUUACAUCAGACUCAAAGCCCAUACUAGAAAAACCUGAUGAAAUUAACCCCUUUACUUCAAACUCAAAUCCCAAACCAAUUAGACAGUCCAAAAUAGGUAUGAAAAAGCCAAGAGAAAAGCUUGGAGAACGUCUUGGUACAAGAAAGCUUGGCACAAAAGUAGCUAAUAAAUCCAUAGAUGGCAUCUGCUCAUCAGAUAUCAUAAAGCAUAAGGAAGAGGAGGAUAGAAAUAUAUCAACAAAUAUAAGAGGAUCCCAGUUGACUGCCAAAACUACGGAGAAGAACAAGGAAAAGGAAGACGAGAAAAUGAAGAAAAGGCUGCAGUGGGAGGAACAGCAAGAAAGGUGGAAUCAAGCUCUUAACCUUAACAAAGAUAAGAAAGAGCCAUGCCAAGUCUCCUCUGGGAAUGAUGAUGGAUGGUCUGCACCAUGGGGAGGCUGGGGUGGCACUCUUCUCUCUGCCGCCUCCACCUUUACCCGAGAGGUGGGACGGGGAGUGGGCACUGUCAUGGAGACUGUGGAAAGCAGUAUUGGUGUUCCUAGCCCUGAGGUCAUGGCUGAAGAAGUAUGCAAGUCAGAACAUCAAAAAACAGUAUCAGAAGAGAACACAACCUCACAGGGCCUUGAGGAGGGCAAACAGAUUAAGAGAGAGAAGCAAACAGACAGUGAGGAAGGCAGCGUGGGUGGUGACAGGCCUGGAAACCAAGUAGAGGCAAACUACAGCUUAGGAGGCUUCUCUUUAGGCUCCUUAGUCUCAGGCGUCUCUGGGGCACUAGAGACAGCUAGCUCUAAGGUGCUGAUGGGAGGACUGGACACCCUUGAGGUAAUAGGACGUAAGGCCAUGGACGUCAUCCAGGAAGGAGACCCAGGUCUUCAUAAGAAAAGAGCUUUUCUCUCUAAUAAGAAACCUAACUUGACUCAGAUGUUGCAAGAAGCACGUCAGAGAGCUAUGCAAGAAGAAAAAGAUGGUAUAGUUGGUGGAGGAAAUAAGAAUUUGCAAAAACCUUCCUUUGAGCAAGCAUGGGAAGCCACUGAGGGACCAGUACACCUUGAGGCAUUGUCCUUAGUGGCAAAGCAAUGCCAGAGCAAAAAGACUUCCAUGAUAGCAACACUCCCACAUUUUGUACAGGAAAAGCUUCUCAGAGAAAAUACUGUCAUCAAGACCACUUGUGAACUGGAUGAACUUGAGCAGCUGGAGGAAGACAUGGCAGAGGUAGUGUCAGGUGUUGUGGCCAAGAUGGGCCUACAGCUGCAUCCAAAGAAGCUGAUUGAGGCAUGGUCUUUAGUGCAAGAGAAAGCAGCUUUUGUCCAAGAGGUUGGACUUGAAGAAACAGAUGAAGCUGAAGGUGUGCUGUAUAGUGCAUUGGCCCAGCUAGUAGCACAACUCUGUGCCUUGGCUCACAAGGGAGGAGAACUGGCCCUCAUUACUCCAGACACGGAUCCCCUUGAUUUAGCUUCCCACUUUAAAGAACUGGCACAGGUUGUGUCUUGUGGCCUGGAGAAAGUGGCUGACCAGGUGUGUGGAGCCAUAACUUCCGAAGGAUCAGUUACUGAUUCCCAAGUCAGUAAUACCAUUACAAACAUUUAUUUGCAGGCAGCAAAUGGCAACAACUACAUUCAGGAGAGUCUGGCGUUAUUGGCAUCAGUACUACAAUACAGCAACACCAAGUCAGCUGCAUCCCACCUUUAAUGACUGCAGUCUUCUUCUUCUUCUGGCCUGCUGACACAUGACAAAGGUCUAUCUGGUAUUUUCUUAUGAGGGUAAACAUGGUGCCUCAAAGUGUUUAGCUAAUUACAUGAAUGUGUGGCUAGAUAUGUGAAAGGGAAAUAUUGUACUGUCCCCCAUUUUUUAAGGAUUGAAAAUGGCCUUAAUAACAGAAGUACAGUGGAACCUCGCUUCUCCAACUUAAUUAAUUCCUGAAUACCAUUUGAAAUCCAAAAUGUUUGACACUGAAACUAUUUCCCAUAGGAAUCAAUGUAAAAUGGAUUAAUUCAUUCCUAGAACCAGAUAAUUGCAUUUUAAAACUUUAACAGUAGUUGUUUGUGUAUAAAAUCAUACAGAAAACUGAUGAUAGGAGAUGAAUAAAUUAGGGACUGUUUUCAUUAUACAAGCACAAAGGUCUGAUGAUAUGAGAAUCAGUUUGGGGCAAGUAAAGUAGUGAAGGCCAGGUGGGAGACUUUUACCUCAGUCAGGCCAAGAAAUGCAGUUCCUUUUGUAUUCUCUCAAGCCUCAUAGAGAGUGAGGACUGCUGGACUGGGGAGUGGUGUGGACGUGCAUUGAACAAGGAGUGCGGCAUGACUAACACACAUGCUGCAGUCAUGUGUGCCAGCUGCUGCAUAGCUUGUUUGAGAACCGAAUUUUGGUAUGGCAACCAAAGCCGUUAUGAGUUCAAAAUUUUGUGUGAAAAGGGAGGCAUUUGGUAACUGAGGUCCACUUUAUAAAGAAAGCUGCAAAAAGCCAGUAAACCUAUAUAUGGCAGUCCCACUAUAAAACAUACAUACUUAUAUUGAUGUCAUCCCUAUCUAUAAACUUACCUAAUCUUUGUUUAAGGCUAUCCAUUAAUUCAAUGCAAACAACUUGAUGAAGUAAUUUAGGUUUUCAUGAAACUUUUUAUAAACUUAAAAUCAGGUAAAUUUGAGAUUGUAUGAUAAUGUAGUGAAGCAUAUACUAUCUAUGAGGAAAACUUUUCUUUGCACAGAGAAAGAGAGAGUAAUAGAUUAACUGUAGAUGAGUGUAUUGAGGGUGCAGCCAGUCAUGAGAGCCAUCACAAUGUCUAGGUGUCUAUUGAACAGCUUCCCUGAAACAAGUGUAGUAGUUUCAGAUAGAGAAGCUUGUACUAAGCAUCAUAAAUUACCCUUUCAUAAUCUACGUUUUAGGUCAACAUGUGAGUAAUUAAUUCAAAAUUUAUAUUUCUACAUUUCAAAAUAGUACAUUUUUGUCUGCUAUUUUUUAAGAAAUCAGAAUUCCGAUGCUGCUUAUAACUGUAAGAAAUCUAUUGCAACUAUAAUGAAGUACACAUUGUAUUACAUUAUAUAGUGAUUUCAAAUGUAUGUAUGAAUUUAUCUUAUACAAAUUAUUUUUCAUAUUUAAAUAUAUUUUAAUUUAAGAGUCUUCUUGUAUGAUAUAUAUUGCAUUAUGUUUUGCUAAUGCAUACCAAGUAAGGGUUCUCUUGCCUUGGAGUGGAUUUUGCAGUAUUCGGAGUCAUUAACCUUUAAUAAGGACAAACUUGUUAUACAUACAUAAACUAUAUAAAUUGUUAAAAUAGAUCACUUGUACAAAGUAUAAAUAUGUCAGUUUUCUUUUACAA